AUGAAAUUUAGUGGCUCCGCAUCCUCAACGACCAGCAAUUACGCAAUCGCUAUGAUCAUAGCAAUCGGAGCGGCAUCAUUCAUGUUUUACUUAUGGAUAACUGAAGGCGGUAAUUUUAGACGUAAAGGAAAAUUCGCUAAAAAUGAAGGACCAACAAAAGUACCACCAGAACUAAUGAACGUUCGCUCUUCGGAGAGUAUUCAAGAGCACCCUGGAGCGCACUGGCUUUCGCUGGCGAACGGUAAACAGAAGCCACCAGCUGAUGAAAUGAGCCCUGCUACUGGUGAAAGAAGUUCGCCGAACGUGUUUGUGAGACUUGGCAGAGCUCCAGAAGCGCUGACAAUGUUUGAACGAACAGAUCUUGCUGUGUCAUAA